UGUGUGAGUAGUUCAGCUUCAUUCCACCACGGAGAAGCCAGUGGAAGGUGUCUGUUACAGCUGAAGUUAGACUUUAAUUUGAAACCACGUAGAAACUGCCAGAAAGGAUCAUUUAUUAACAAAAUAAAUGUGUUUAAUUUCCUGAAAGGACAUCAAAUCAACCACAUUUUACGGACUGGAAUCAAGAACUAAUUCUGUGAUCUACAAAGAAACUAUCUAGCUAAUUUAGCCUGCUAACAAAGAAAAGCAUUUCUCUUGAGAAAUAAUCCUCACUAUUCUCUUUAGUUAUGAGUCAUGUGGUCGUCGACAAUCCACACGGUCUAGAUCAGCAGCUUGCUGGCCUAGACUUGAACUCAGACGGACAGGGAGGAGGCACUGGCCGGCGAUACAUUCCACCUCACUUGAGGAACAAAGAGGUUUCCAAAAACGAAAAUGCGUAUUCCUCUGGUAGAGAGUGUGGUUAUUCAGUGCCGCCACCAGUAAACUUCUACUCUCCAGGAGGAUGGGAUGGGGGACGCAGCAACGGCUUCACCAACGGUUACCAUGACAACCGCAACGGGGGACGCGGCGGGCCUCCCCGAAAUGACAGAGGGUUUGGUGGUGGACAAGAUGGUGGAGGCUGGGGAAGUGCUCCCAGACAAGAUGCAGCCUAUAACAGCUUUGGAGGGAGGGGCAAGUCUUCCUUCUACAGCGACCGUGGAUCAACAGGGGGCAGAGGGGGUUAUCAGCGUGGAGGGUAUGGUGGUGGUGGUGGUAACAACCGCUGGCAGGAAGACUCCAGAGAUGACGAGGACUGGUCCAAACCCAGCCCCGCUAACGAACGCCUGGAAGCGGAGUUGUUCUCAAGCGGCAACACUGGUAUUAACUUUGAGAAAUACGAUGACAUUCCCGUGGAGGCCACUGGCUCCAACUGCCCGCCACACAUCGAUAGUUUCCAUGAUGUGGACAUGGGGGAGAUCAUCAUGAGUAACAUUGCCCUGACCCACUACACACGGCCCACCCCCGUCCAGAAAUACGCUAUCCCUGUCAUUAAGUCUAAGAGAGACCUAAUGGCCUGCGCUCAGACUGGCUCGGGUAAGACAGCAGCCUUCCUGGUGCCAGUGCUGAGCCAGAUCUACACACAGGGGCCCGGAGACGCCGCAGCGGCUGCCAAGAACGGACAGGACAGUGGUAAAUAUGGGCGCCGUAAGCAGUAUCCCCUCUCUCUGGUCCUGGCUCCCACCAGAGAACUGGCCCUGCAGAUAUACGAAGAGUCCAGAAAGUUCGCAUACCGCUCCCGUGUGCGUCCCUGCGUUGUGUACGGAGGGGCUGACAUCGGCCAGCAGAUCAGAGACUUGGAGCGAGGCUGUCAUCUUCUGGUGGCCACACCUGGACGCCUCGUGGACAUGAUGGAGAGGGGCAAGAUUGGCCUCGACUACUGCAACUACCUGGUGCUGGAUGAGGCUGACAGGAUGCUGGACAUGGGUUUUGAGCCCCAGAUCAGACGCAUCGUGGAGCAGGACACCAUGCCCCCUAAAGGCAUCCGUCAGACCAUGAUGUUCAGCGCUACCUUCCCCAAGGAGAUUCAGAUGCUGGCGCGUGACUUCCUGGAGGACUAUAUCUUCCUGGCUGUGGGCCGUGUGGGCUCCACCUCUGAGAACAUCACUCAGAAGGUGGUUUGGGUGGAGGACGGUGACAAGCGGUCCUUCCUCCUGGACCUGCUGAAUGCUACAGUCAUUCCCAGUGACGCUCCUGAUGUUCAGGAGGCUGCAGUGACACCUGGUAAGGAGUCUCUGACGUUGGUGUUUGUGGAAACCAAGAAGGGAGCGGAUGCCCUGGAGGACUUCCUGUACCGCGAGGGCUACGCCUGCACCAGUAUCCACGGAGAUCGCUCCCAGAGAGACAGGGAGGAGGCGCUGAACCAGUUCCGCUCUGGACGCUGCCCCAUUCUGGUGGCCACCGCGGUGGCUGCUCGUGGUCUGGACAUCUCCAACGUCAAGCACGUCAUCAACUUUGACCUGCCCAGCGACAUCGAAGAGUACGUUCACCGUAUUGGUCGUACCGGUCGUGUGGGGAACCUGGGUCUGGCCACGUCGUUCUUUAACGACAAGAACAGCAACAUCACCAAAGACCUGCUGGACAUCCUGGUGGAGGCCAAGCAGGAAGUACCCUCCUGGCUGGAGAGCCUGGGUUACGAGAACCAGCACAAGGGCAACACGGGACGCGGACGCUCUAAGAGGUUUUCCUCUGGUGGAUUUGGUGCCAGGGACUACCGCCAGACGCCCGGCGGCGGUGGCUUUGGUGGUGGUGGUGGACGCGGCGGCCCUCGCACCGGAGGUCACGGAGGAGGAGGAAGUCGUGGCGGCUUCGGUGGAGGUGGCUUUGGAGGCGGGAACUCCUAUGGUGGUAACGACGCUGGCUACGGUGGCAACUACAGCCACUCCGGUAGUGGAACUGACUGGUGGGGCAACUAGUUGCCAUUGCAAACGGGUUGCCACGCCAACCAAACUCAUCCUCUCACGGAAACCACAUGUUGACUACGCCAGACUAAAACACCCCCUACCCCCCUCACUCAACCCUGUGUAGUUUCACUGACACACAGUACAUUGCACACACUGUGAUUCUCUGCCCUUUCGCUUCUCUCACAAGGAGCAAGACGCAACGCCAAGACAACCAGCGCAGCGCCAAUCUAUUGGAGAAGAGCAGAGAUUUGCACAUUUUUCAGAUAAAAGGAGUGCCGACAUGUAUGGUCUGAUAUAGCAACUCGGACCAAAACAGCAAAUCCUUUCUUUGUAUAAACGGAAAAGAAACCCAAGAAUAACCUGAGGAUCAUUUGUAUGUUAAUGUACUGUGCCUUUUGAAUUUAGACAGGACUAAUUCUGUGUCAUUUCACCAAAUGAAUGUUGGCCAAGAGCUCUGAAUUAUUGUUAUUUAUUUGGUGAAAAAAGAAGCAUAGAAGAAAAACUGCUUGUACUUAAUCAAACCUUGGCAAACACUGGGGCAUUGUGGCUCGUUCGAGUCAUGAAUCCAUUUGAACCUUUCAAAAUUGUCGCAGUGACAUCAUGUAGCCUUUUCUCGGGUUCAACCCAGAGUUCCAACAGCUAACAUCACUGUAGCAUCCGACAUCACUGGGCCGUUCUCCUAGUGUGGCUAAUAGAACUGUAUUCUAAUCUUUAAGGGACGAAGAGUUCGAUUACUUUUUCUUUUUUUUGCUCACUCUAUCCUGGAUAGGCUCGUCUAUAAAGGAUACGGUAGUCUUUCGAAAAGCCAUUCCAGAUCUCUUAACACUUAAAGUCAUUAAGCUCCGUGCUAACAAACGCACACUGGGGUUUAAUUCAAACAACACAAACACUCGAUGUUGUAACUUGUUACUCCACAUCUAUUGACUUGACAGUGUUAUGGCAGCUAGUAAAGUUAACUAAACGCUAGCUACAUUAACUGGGCGGUGUUUUUAUUUUGAUUUAAACUCAACAUUUGAAGUGGGCGCAUGCGCAGUAUUUGAAAAACAUUUUUUUUUUUUUUUGAGUGAAAUGUUUCUCCACACCUGUAACAAAACAAUGGCGCCAUCUUGGAAGUGAAGUUCAAAAUGGCUCCAUAAGGACCACAGUGUCGGGGGGGAGGGGGGGGGGGGGGUGCACAGCGUGGGAAGGGCACAGUGUGGCGCGACGUUAACGUUAAACCGUCUUACCGUUGACCGAGCGGUGGAGCCGGUAUUCUACGCAUGCUAGUGUUUUGUUUUUUGGUCAAGGAGAUAUAAGACAAAUGAACUGAGUCGCAGGCUUAACUUAAUUACAACCCUUUUCUCUUUUCAAGCUGCGUUGGAGGUUCAUCUGUCAGAGACAGGAGCAGUCCAUCACUAAGGGUUAACCAGUCAGAAAGCAAAUGGACUGUUCAGAGUAGGACAGUUGUGCCCUGGGCUGGUGUUAUGGGGUGGUCAGGGGUUUGGGCUCAAGUUCAGUGCGCCAACAUUGCUUUGGUUUCCAUUGCUGCUUACCGUAGCUGUGGAGGUGGCCAAAGCUGGGCAACUUUUGUCCCCUUAUGGUAUAUAUAUGUACUGUCAACUCCUCUGGGGGUUUGUCUGCUUUAGAUGUGUAUAAAGCUCUGGUACCGAAUGGCCAGACGAGGCUUUUCCGCUCAGAGGAGCAGCUGAGGAGGGAAGGGGCAUUUGGCGAGCUCUAAGUGCGCUAUGUUUCUUCUCAAGUGUGUUGUGCCUUUGAACACUUUUUAAAUUGAUUAACUUAAAAAGUGGAUGCACUGACAGUGUUUGAGAACUUUGAUUGAAUGGUGCUACUUGAGUUUCAGUGUGUAGGCCCUCGUUUAGUUGUCGUGCCCAUCAAGUUUUACAAAAGUUAUUUUAUUGCACAUUUAGAGUUUUAUAUAAAUGUCUUGAAUAUGUGUCCUUAAGCUUCCAAAUAUUGUUCGAGGAGAUUGUGGAAAAAACGCAGCUUGUUUACAAAGGGGAAGGGUUCUCAACAUUUAACCAGGAUUUUUUUGGGACCAGGGGAUUAAAGCAGUUGGAAUUUAGCCAUUUGCACACAGAUUUCUAGAUUCUACUUUUGCUGCUAGUUUUGUGUAAUUUAUUAAGCAUUUUUGAGAAAUAUUUAUUUUUCUAAGCCUCAAAGUGGUUCUUUGAAAGUUUCAAGAAACUUGACCAAAAGACGGUAACAAACACUGGCACUUGAAUGUUGAAUGUCACCUGUAUGCGUGAAAUUUAUAUUUCGGGGUAGUGUGAGCUUUUUAAUGUUUAAGACAUAUUGGACUCUGUCAAUAAUAAUAAUAUCUGCAGUUGUUUUGAGGCCUUGGGCCCUGACAUAUCUAAAUACUAGCUAGAUAGUCUGAUUGGCCUUCAAAAUAAAAAAUGGAAUUAAACAGACAUGCCAAGGUUUGGAAUUAAAGUUCUCAAAAGAGCAAAAGCUAAUUUUCCUCAACGUACCAGUGCAGAAGUGCAUGGGAUUGUCCAAUUGUGUGCGUUGUGUUUAACUCUAUUCUAAUUAGGCCUAUAAUUAUUUUUGUUCCAGUGAAUGUCUGGCACAUGGCAAUCUUAAACAAACAUGUGGUUUAUUCUCUGUUGCAUUUGCAUAUAUGGCACCUGUAGUAAUUGUUUUCCCCUCAGAGUAUUGAGCAGGUCUCUGCUGCAGUAGUGUUCCCCACCGUAGCAGGACAUUAACUAGCCAGACCACAAGAUGACUAUGCUAUGACCACCAUUUACUUGCUCAGUGCCCUGAGACAUACACAGGUGUUUAGAUGUGGACUUUGCUUUCUGUACUAGCUUAGAGGCUAAUGCACUGCAUGGGGAGAGACUUGGCUGUGUGACUAUUGUAAUGAUUUUACCAAAAUAAAAAGUUUGAAUGCAAAAGUACCUUAUUAUAAAAUGUAAGCAUGUUUUAUAAGAUUUGUUAUAAAUGUAGGACAGGCUAUUGCCUGGAGUGUUUGCGGCAGAGAGGAGCUGCGAAGUUGGCGCUGGUUGAGAUUUGAUAGGCUUCAGUUCUUUUGAAGAUAAAAAUUAAAAUAAAAUAAAAAUUGAUUUCAUUAAAAACAAA